UGCUUGCUGAUCACAAUUGCGCAUGUGCCAACAGUCAACACGAUCAAGAGUAGCAGUCUUAAUGCUGAGCAACAUUUCAUGGAAAAAUGUGAAUAACACUUGAACAUCGCAGUUCAAAUAUAACCCGUUUUUUCGUAUCGUUGUGGGAUUUACCUUUUUUCUCUCCCAAGUAAUAAGAAAUUGCUUUCAUUGAUAACUACCGCACUGCGCAGUGACGGUUGGGGGAAGUUCACAAUUGGAGUAGCUACCCCAGACGCCGGCGGAGUGUCUGUUACAUCAAACGCUAUAAAAAGCUACUUCAGAGCAGAGCAUCCAUAUUUGCGUGUUUUCACAUCUUUAGGGACAGACAUCAUACAUUUCUUAUAGUGGAGAAGUCAUUGAAAAACAUAAAUAUUUUUCUUCUUGUUUCAAAAAUGGCCGCAGCAAUGGUGGAAAUGGACGGAAGUAUAAUGGAGGGUGGUGGGCAAAUUUUGAGAGUAUCUGCCGCACUGAGUUGCAUCAACGGCGCUUCCAUCAGAAUAAACAAAAUUCGCGCAGGUAGAGGUACACCAGGAUUAAGACCACAGCAUCUGUCAGGGUUGGAGUUGGUGAGGGACAUUUGUUGUGGAAAUCUUGAGGGAGGCUCAGUGGGAUCUACAGAAGUCACACUCACCCCUGGGAAAAUAAAAGCUGGGAAUCACACCGCAGACCCACAAACGGCAGGGAGUGUGGGGCUGCUGCUGCAAGUCUCUCUACCCUGUGCCCUGUACGCUGAUGGCCCCUCUGAGCUCUGUCUGAAGGGGGGCACCAAUGCGGAUAUGGCCCCGCAGAUUGACUACACCAUCAAGGUAUUCAAGCCCAUUGUGGAGAAGUUUGGUGUACAUUUCAACUGUGACUUGAGAAUGAGGGGCUACUACCCCAAAGGCGGAGGUGAGGUGGUGGCUAAGGUUAGCCCAGUGAGCGAGCUGAGCCCUGUCAACAUGACCGAACGAGGAACCAUCUCCAAGAUCUAUGGAAGGUCCUUUGUUGCUGGGGUUUUACCCUAUAAGCUUGCCAAGGACAUGGCCACGACUGCAACAAGAGUUAUCAGGCGAGAGAUAAAGGACCUUUACAUCAACAUUCAAACACUGCAGGAGAAGGACAUGGCCUGUGGAAGCGGCAACGGCAUCAUAAUCAUCGCAGAGUCUUCCACAGGCUGUAUAUUUGCAGGGUCAGCUCUUGGCAAGAAAGGUGUGUACCCAGACAAAGUGGGCUUUGAGGCUGCAGAGAUGCUGCUCAGGAAUAUAAGGCACAACGGCUGUGUGGACGAGUUUCUGCAGGACCAGCUCAUCCUUUUCAUGGCCUUGGCAAACGGCAUCUCCAGAAUCCGCACUGGCCCAGUCACCCUACACACAAAGACUGCAAUCCAUGUGGCAGAACAGCUCACCCAGGCCAAGUUUACAGUGACCAAGGCAGAUGACGAGAAUGCCAGCAAUGACACCUACAUCAUCGAGUGCCAAGGAGUGGGUGUCACCAACCCUCAUUUCUAGCCACACCAUGUGUCUAACCGCCCCUUUUAUGUUGUCUCCACCUGCAGCCGUGGAUAGAAGAGGCACUGGAGACACUACUGUGAUGUCACCUAACGGUCAGAUGCUGCUUCUAUUUAUAUUAGGAUUUAUUGUGGCCCUCGUGGCACGAUAUUCAAGCAAAUGAAUUAUUGGUUUACAAACGCACAGCCACAUGACAGUUGGUCAUCGUUGUCCUUUCCCCCUAUUGCAUUAACUGUCAUUACCCUCGUAGCUUGUAUAACUCAGGGUAUUAAUGCCUUACACUGUUAUAAUAAAAACAUUAGAUUUCUGUGUAGAAGGGGUGUACGUUUCAGCAGUCUCAGUGCAUACAGGCUUUUAUGGCAAAAAAAAGCAUUGUUCAUGGUCUCUGUCCCUAGUUGAUCAUUCUAGUUCCAUUUAGCUUCAUACGGGGAGGAUUUCUGUAUUUUGAAAGAUAUGUCUUGAAAAAGUGAUUGCUGAAAAGCAAAACAUUUUGGGGCUAUGACAACAAUGGACUAAUGAAACAAAUACCAAUAUGUUGUUUUUGGGUGGAGUUUUCCUUUGUCACUUGUUUCACUUAUUAGAUUUUUUUUUGGUGCAUUGUUUGUCACUCAGGUAAUGCAGAUUAGACUGCAGAGUUGUGUUGACUACUGUAUUAGUCAGAUAAUGUUUAAAAGACAACGUGGAGAUUUGUUUUCCACAUUGUUUUGAGAAAAUAUGAAUAAAAUACCUUAUUUUUGCCUUCUCUGAACAAAAGAUGAUCUUGAGUAAAGGAUUUCUGACAUAUCAUGGAUUGAUUCAGAUAUCUUCUCACCCCCAGAAAUGCGUAGCUGGAUGUCUGUCAUCACUCAUAACCCCUUCAUUGCAUUAAAAAAUUAAAUCCAUGUCUUUACA